AUGUAUAGCCGUCAAACAACACCCCCGACUGCUCCUUUCAACUACAUCCCGGGCAGUGUCGGCUCGGACGUCACAUACUACUCCCAAGCCUCAUCACCAGAACCUCAACUCGCUGGCCCCACCCCUCCACGGUCACCAGUCCGGCAAUAUGGACCUGUUCUCCUCCCCAAGGUCCGCAUGCAAGAUCAAGUUGCCGAGCCCACCAGUGGUCCCAUUAGACAUCGCAGGACGACGUCUACCUCAUCCAGCAUCGGCUAUGCCUACAGCCCUUACUCACGGCCAGCCUCGAUGGUUCGUCGUGAUUCCAGUCCUUUCAACCACAACAUCCACAACGCUCACAGCACAAUGACAUCUCCCGUGUCAACAGCUUCCUCAUACGACUUCAAUCUCUCUACUCUCAACUCUCCUAUCACAUUCGCACAACAGCCCGAGCUUCCACGUCGGUCUUCGUACGUCAGCUCGCACUCCCGCUCUACUUCAGCCAACCGAGCCCGCCAUGCUCGCGCUGGCUCUGCUGGAAGUGUUGAUGAGCAGGUUAUCAGCCGAUAUGGCUUCCCCACCUACCGCAACAUGCCCAGCUACGUCACUGCUUCAAGUGCGCCUCAGUCCAGCCUGAGCCUCGUCACUUCCCUUCCAUCGUCUUACUCUUCAGUUCAAGACAUGCCCAGCUUUACCUCUACUUGCACUCAAGACUUUGUUGUCCCAGAGUUCGAGGCGGCGCCGGCUGUGCAGUACCCCUCUUUCACAGAUGUCAGUUUUGACAGCUUUCAGCAAGUCCCUGCUACAUCGUCUCUGGUAGAGUACCUCUCCUCUACCAACCCCUCCCCAUCUCUAGUUCGCCGCGUCACUAGCGCACCACGCGGCAUCAACAACCACUUCUGGUGGGACAUCCGCAACCUCCGCAGCUGGGAAGACUUCAACAUUACCACUAUCAAGUCUAUCCCCUCGGUCCUUCCUCUUCUUGAGGUCCCUGUCCCAGCCAACUACCUUCCCCAGCCUUGCCGCCAGAACCUGCAACCAGAAAACGAGUCAGCGCUCCAGGACAUCUGCACAAACUACUACGCCAACAAGGUCAACGCUGCGCUCAAGGUUGCUCAGGGAAACUCUCACAUGGUCAUGCGCGCCAUCAAGCCCGUCGCCGGUCAACGCCAACAACCAGAGUUCGUCUCCAACUACCCCUCCGACUAUGAGAAGACCCUCUUCGGUGACAGCCGAGGCCGCGUCGUCGGUCUCGUCAAGUGCUACGACCAAUGGAACACCGGCAUGCGCAGCGAGUCACCUCCCAAGCAAGUUCUCUACCUCCAGGGUCUCGCUCACCUCCACCGCGUCAUGCGCGAGCACGGUUGCCGCUACGGCUUCAUCAUGACCGAGAUCGAACUUCUCUGCGUCCGCUGCGGUGGCCCAUCCUCCUUCUCCACCCCCGACCCUACAACCGUCAACGCACAAACCGGCGUGCCCAUUUAUGGGUACUUGGAGACCUCUGCUCCCAUCCGUCUCUCAACUUCCGGUUCGCACCCCGAGACUGGCGACAUCCAACUGACCGCCGCCCUCGCUCUUUGGUACCUGCACAUGCUCGCCAAGGAGAACCCCUUUGAGGGUAUGGGCACCUGGCGCAUGGACGUUGGUGGCCCUGCUGCGUUGACCAGGCAAAACUUCUUGGACAAGGACACUUGGAUUCCUAAGCCGCAGCUUGGCGAGAAGAGGGAGGCGAAGAGGGUUAGGGGUUGGGUUUUCCCUGACGAACCAUUGAGUAAGAGGGAGUGUGGUAAGGGAAAGAGGGGAAAGUCUAUUGGUUAA